AAAAACAAAAACAAAACGAAAAAUCUCUCAACGCAAAUCUAAAAUUCUCCAAAAUCUUCAUUCGCGGUGAUCGAUUACCCUCCAAAUUUCUAUUUCUUCUUCUUCUUCAAUCCUACACAGAAAACGACAAUGGUUUGCUUGAUGUGUCUAGUGCCUCUCUUCCUGAUCCCCGUCGUCAACGCACUUCCUCUUCUUUUCUAUUACAUCAUGGGCAAAAUUUAUGGGCUUCUUGGGUGGGAGUACAGGAAGCCAGAGAGGGCUCCUCCGGCAUGUCCGUACAACCCCUCAGCUAAUAAGAACACCAAAGUAGGGGAAGGGGCUGAAUCCAGUCCGGCAGAUCCUGUAUCGAAACCGGUAGAUCAUGGCAAGGAAGAAUGAACUCGGAAACACACCCUCCCUCUUUUCUAUCCCGUCGGAUUUUAAAACCUUGUAUGUAAGAAUCUGAGCCUUGUUGGUGGCAAGGAAGGCUUGACCUUUUGAAUCGUUUGGGUGCAAAACAGAACUAAUUUUUACGUACUUGAUUAAAAUAAGAUGUUGGAAUUUAAAAAAAUUUCAUCUAGUUACUUUGUUUUACCCUUUC